AUGUCCUUACAGUGUGGAACCGGGAUGCAAGGUUUCAAAGCUUUUUUAUCGCGUGGGAAUGCGGUUGAUUUAGCCGUUGGUGUUAUCAUCGGGGCAUCUUUCAAAUCUAUUGUGGACGCGCUCGUGGAAGAUGUUAUCAACCCAUUAUUGGGUGUUAUGGGUGGACAGCCGGACUUCGGGGCGCUCAAUGUCACCAUUGAGAAUAAUAUUUUCAAGAUUGGUCAUCUCUGCAACACUAUCAUCAGCUUCCUUAUCAUGGCUAUGGUCCUCUACUUUGGAAUUAUAACACCUUAUAACUGGUUACUCAAGAAACUUCGUAGAAAAGCACCAGCUACUCAAGACUGCCCCUUCUGCGCCUCCUCCAUACCCGUCCAAGCAACCGUCUGUAGCUUCUGCACCAGGGACGUAGGCACACUUGCCCCGAUCAUACCCGCUCCUGUGACUUAUUGA